CGAAGCGUACAAUCUCUCUCUCUCUCUCACAAAACGUUUCAGUUUCAGAAAACUGAGGCAAGAAACAACUUUCUCUCAAAUGCAGACGAGUCGGUUACUCUCCUUUUCUUCUAACUCUCCGAGUUUUGGCAGCUUCUCCUCCGCCGUAGACCUUGCCGCAAUCGCCGCUAGAGUCGUCGAAGAAUUCAGAGUUCAGGAGCAGACACAACCCGACUCUCACCACCGCGACGACGAUAAUGAUUCCGAUUUCGCUUUCGAUUGUCCAAGCAACACGUGUUCUCAACCUCUCGCUACCGCCGACGAGAUUUUCUGCAACGGUCAGAUCCGUCCGUUGAAUCCGUACGGUGGCGGAAUUGGAAAUGCUCCGGUAGAAUCUCAACCGAGUACUACUCUUCCUCCUCGUCGUCGUAGACCGGCGUUGAGAAAACUGAUGAGCGAGGAUAGAGAUCCGUCAUCGAAUUCUUUUUCGGAAGCUGAAGAGGAUCUAACCGGAGUUCCGCCGGAGACGUACUGUGUAUGGAAACCAAAACAAUCGAAUUCUGGAGAUGAUGAUCUUCAAGGUCUCUCGUCUUCUCCGUCACAAAGCAAAAUCAAAAGCCAUUCAGCUGGAUUCUCGAAACGUUGGAAUCUCCGGAAUCUUCUGUACGUUAGAAGCAGCAGCGAAGGAAACGAUAAGCUCGUGUUUCCGGCGCCGGUUAAGAAGAACGACGAGACUGUCUCCGAUAAAGAACCGCCGUCCAAGGAGGAUGGAAAUGGCGGCGAGGAAGAAGAAAUGGAAAGGGAAGAGACGAAACGACAGACGUAUGUGCCGUAUAGAAAGGACAUGAUUGGAAUAUUAAAAAAUGUGAAUGGGCUAAGUCGUCAUUUACGUCCUUUUUGAUGGUGACGUGGCUCUCCAAGACGCG